UACAGAUGCGCCCCUCGCCCUGCGUUCAGCGGCGAGCGGACAAGGCAGAGCCGGGCAGAGACAGACCAGCCAGCACCAUGACUACACCCAGCAACACCUACGAUGUUAUAGUGGUCGGCGGAGGAAUAUCAGGUUUGAGUGCAGCGAAGUUGUUGAAAGCCAACGGACUGAACCCCGUUGUCCUGGAGGCCAGGGAUCGGGUCGGUGGUCGUACCUUCACUGUGCAGAAUAAGCAGACAAAAUGGGUUGAUCUGGGCGGGGCUUACAUCGGACCAACUCAGAACCGCAUCCUCCGAUUGGCCAAAGAGUACGGUGUAAAGACCUACAAAGUCAACGAGCAGGAGAACCUGGUGCAUUAUGUCAACGGAAAGUCUCACCCGUUCAAAGGCUCCUUCCCUCCCAUGUGGAACCCCAUCGUCUUGUUGGACUUCAACAACCUGUUUAGGACAAUGGACCAGAUGGGCAAGGAGAUUCCCAAAGAGGCUCCCUGGAGAGCUCCCCAUGCUGAGGAGUGGGACAAGAUGUCCAUGCUGGAGCUCUUUGAAAAAAUCUGCUGGACCAGCACUGUUCGUCGCUUCGCCACACUCUUUGUCAACGUGAACGUGACCUCUGAACCCCAUGAGGUGUCGGCUUUGUGGUUCCUCUGGUAUGUGAAACAGUGCGGAGGAACCAUGAGGAUCUUCUCCACCACAAACGGAGGACAGGAAAGGAAGUUUGUAGGCGGCUCCAGUCAGAUCAGUGAGUGCAUGGCCAGGGAGCUGGGAGACCGAGUGAAGCUGCAGUCUGCAGUCUACAGGAUCGACCAGAUCGGAGACAUGGUGGUGGUGGAAACGGUGGACAAACAGACCUACACAGCCAAGUACGUGAUCGUGGCCACCCCUCCUGGUAUGAAUUUGAAAAUACACUUUAACCCCGAGUUGCCGCCACUGAGGAACCAGCUGAUCCACCGCGUCCCCAUGGGCUCAGUCAUCAAGUGCAUGGUCUACUACAAAGAGAACUUCUGGAGGAAAAAGGGAUACUGUGGCAGCAUGGUGAUUGAGGAGGAAGGCGCUCCCAUUGGCCUAACGCUGGAUGACACAAAGCCUGAUGGGAGUGUACCUUGCAUUAUGGGAUUCAUCCUUGCCCACAAGUGCAGGAAGCUAUCAGGGUUGACCAAAGAGGAGAGGUUGAAGAGGAUCUGUGAUAUCUACUCCAAAGUGCUGGGCUCAGAGGAGGCUCUGCAUCCGGUGCAUUAUGAGGAGAAGAACUGGUGUGAAGAGGAGUACUCAGGAGGCUGCUACACGGCCUAUUUCCCCCCAGGAAUCCUUACCCAGUUUGGCAAGGUGCUGAGGGAGCCGGUUGGCAGGUUGUACUUUGCAGGCACAGAGACGGCCACAGAGUGGAGUGGCUACAUGGAGGGGGCAGUGCAGGCUGGAGAGAGAGCAGCCAGAGAGAUCAUGUGCGCACUGGGUAAAAUCCACCAGAGUCAGAUCUGGCAGGAGGAGCCCAAGUGUACGGAAGUCCCAGCACUCCCCUUUGUCACCACCUUCUGGGAGAGGAAUUUGCCUUCAGUCGGUGGUCUCCUCAAGUUCAUGGGAUUCUCCACCUUCCUGUCUGUUGCCACCGCAGCCGGUCUGAUUGCCUACAAGAAGGGCCUCCUCCCCCGGAGUUAAACUGUCCACCCCGUCAUCUCACUCCUCUGCAUCUCAAUAGACACUGUACUCUUGUACUUCUAGUGCACUACUUUAUGGCCCAAACUACAACGUAGUGAACUAUAUAGGGUACAUGAUGUUUUUUGAGAAACGCCCUUCUGUAAGAAAGACUGUUCAGCUCACACAAAACACUAAUGCGCCAUCACUCUGUGUGCUGUCUGUUCACAAAAGAAAGAGCGAGUAAGACAAAUAGUAACACGCUGAUUAAAAGCUAAGAGGUUCUAGUUUGAGAGGAGAACUAAUUUCAGUUUAAAUCUAUAAUAAAUCUGUGAUUCAGAUUGUGAAACCAAUGAAGGAAAAAGAACAGACUCUGUUGUUAAAGUAAUAUUAAUAUUCCAUACAUUGCCAAUGACAUUCACAUUCUUGAUUACAUGUGGGUUUCUUAACUCAUCAUGCUUUCUGUGUAUGAGCUGUGUGUGCUUGUGUGCAUGCUAUGAUGAGCAUGCCUUUGUGAGCGUGAGUUUGUCAGUUGUGUACAAAGUGUGUGUGUGUGUGUGUGUGUGUGUGUGUGUGUGUGUGUGAGUGUGUGUGUGUGUGUAUGUGUGUCUAAUUACCUCUGCUGAUUUUAGGUGCUGAUUUAUUCUGGCCAAGCAGCUGUAGCUGUUUGAUGAGAUCCAGCAACAUCAGAAUCGAAUAGAACUGUGCCAUUGCCCAUUACAGAAUCACAGAGGAGGUUUAAGUAUAAGGCUGGUGAUAUUCUAAAUGUCUCUUAUUGUCAACAAAUCCCAUGAAAAGACCAAAACCAACAAUGAACUGAUUAUUUUAUCAAAUAUUGUCUGUGUUGCAUAUAUACACAGCUGAUAUAUCUUGUUCCUCUGUGCCAUAGAGUUCCAUCACAACAAAAUAAAUAAAAAUGAGCCACAUUGUUGCAGUGGGUCACAUGAUCUUUCGUUAUGAAGAACAUGGGCACUGUUGUGUAUUUAAUAUCAAUCCCACAUGCACCAUCCUGCUGCUGUAAAUACUCACAACCGCACCAAAUGUGUAUUACACUGCUGUGUAAAAUACUCCCCAUCUACUGUGCCUAGUUGUUUUAAAGUGUCUUCAGACUGAAUGCAAAGUGUCCUGGUGUUAUUUGCGCAAAUUUGUGUUUGUGACUGCAUAAACUGGCAACGUGUGUGCAGUGUGGCUGUAUUUAUGCUUUUAUUAGUAUUUAUGAGUUUUAUUUGAGCACUUACGUUCCAAAAACUGACCAGGAACUCCACCUUUCUGUUAUUUCUCUGCAGUUAUUCUCCUUUCUCGUCUUUAUUCUGUACAAUUAUGAAGUGGAGGCUCAGCUCAUUUGUCACACAUUUUCAACUCCUUUGGAUGUGUCAAGCCACUUCAAUAGUAUUUAUACAUCCAUUUGCCUCAAAGGGCUUUACAAUUUGUAUAGCAUACAGGAACCUUUUGUAGAUUAUUUUAAACGAAUCCCUCAACACUAUUCUUUUGCCAGAUAUUACUCACUAGCACAUCAAAUCCACGGCUGAAAAUAGUCCCCAACAAAUGCAUUAUUUACUCCUGUUUGAGUAAUAUUAACUAAAAAUAACCAGCGCUCAGCUGCUUAAGGAAAUUACUGAUCCAAUACCAUAUAUUUAUGACCCCUUUUCUUCAAUUAGAAGUUAGGUGCUAACAGGUUAGGGAAGUUGAAAAAAGUAUUGAGAGACUAAUUCACUGUUGGUUUACAUGAGAUUUGUUGACGGUGAGAAAAAUUAUAAUAAAAAUGCAUAAGAAGCCUUGUCCUUUAAUUAAAACUUGUAUUUAGGGGUAAUGUAGUGCUACUAAGCUGCUCUCUAUGGUUGUCUCUUGGUAAAUGUAAUGGUAGCAUCCGAAUGUAUUUUCGUCAGACCAGAUAAAACAAACUAUUUGUUGCUGUAUCGUGAUCAGAUUUUUCAUUCAUAAUUCAGAUUAACAAGCGUUGUAGCCAAAAAAAACACAUUCUAAUUGUUUAAAAAAGCGCAAAACUUAUAUUUGCGUUAUUUUUGGAAGCCACUAUGGAAAGAUGUGAACAAGCCGCAGUUGCUCUGUGAAGUCCUCCAACAACAAUGUUUGGAUUCUCUUGACAUUAUGGAACCUAUUAGAUGCUUUAUUGUCUUAUCUGCUUAUAGAGAAUCUAAUCACACUUGAAAAGUUUUGAUUUGUUAAAGAGAGAGAAAACGGCCUCUUCUUAAAAUGAACUUAAUAAAACAGAAAGAUGAUACUGGCUUUUGGAGAAGCAAAAUUCACGCUUCACAGCUGAAAAACACAGCUGACUACUUGCAGUAAACGGUAAUCGUUGGAUGAGUUGCACUGAUGUCAGUGACCAUUUGUCGGAGUAGAAAUGUGUUUUUUCUGUAAUAUAAUAGAAAUCUAAUUACAGCAGUAGAUGUGAAGAAAACCAAUCAACACAUGACGCCUGACUCUAAAAGAGUGUCCUCAGUUAGUGCAUUUGUUUUGAACGGCAUUGUACUGUGUGUGCACCUCUGUAUGCAGUACUCUGGUCCCAAAGACUGGUGUGUGUCUGUGUGUGUGUGUGUGUGAUCUGUUGUGCCUUAAUGGAAGUCAUAGUGUUUUUGUCAUUUUUCUCAAGUGCCUGUGUGACUCUUGACACUCUUUGCCCUUCCUCCCCUCCCCUCCCGCCUGCACUGGAGGUGAGAGGUCAGAUGGACCGGGUCCACUGGUUUAAGGCGUCAUCAGUAACCAUCAAUACACAGGGACCAGCUAAACAACUCCGUGUCCCUCUUAUCGUGUCCCAAACCUUUCAUUUUUAACCAUUCCCUGUAUUACCUGAGUUACGUCCUCAGUAUAAACUUGACUCAGGUAAAGCCAGGUGUAUGAACACGGUGUCGGCUGUGAAUAAUAAAGCUCAGACUGCUUAUCUCCAGUGAAGCCAAGUCUGUGUGUGUGUACUUUGUAUUGCGAUUGCAGUGCAGUCUCCUCUUGUUGUGGUGUCUCUCUAGCUGCUUAACUUCACCCUGUGUGCACUGACCUUUGACCCCCCCACCCCUUACUCACCUCACCUACUCAUCCCAGCACAUGCACUGGUUUUGCGCUCUCCCAAGUUAGAAGUCAUGAUUGGACAAUGAUGUCGCUCACGUUUUAACCCAUCUCUGACUUCAGUGGACAAACAAAGCCAGCACACUCUGUCCGUCCCUUCCAAAGUACAUUACUCGCACCAUCAGCAGACAUAAUGUUCGGAUAUCCACUAUCCGAUCCUUCUUCAUUGUUUUCUGGAGACCUGAGACUGUUCCUCCAUCCCCCUUGUCCUUCUGUGCAUUUGAGCCUUGUUAACUUUUCCUGUGACACAUUCUUUAAUGUCUUUGAUUCCUCAAAAAAAAGCUGGUGAUAUUUAACAGAAAUGUGAAAUAAAUCUUUUACUCGUCUUAAA